AUGCAAAUGUCAUCAACUCGAUUAUCGCUCACUUUCCAUUCUUGCCGUUGUUUGAAAUCACCAGUCUCGCUGGUUUCUUCUCAUACGGACCGAUCGGCUCAAAAUAAUAUUCCACGCCCCCAGAUUCUAUCCUCUCACCUUCAGGCUCGAACAUAUUCUCAAUCACUUCACCGUUGUCCCUCUAACACGGCAUCUCAUUUUCAAAGGCGUAACUUUCAUUCCUCUCGACCUCAUCAAGCCGACUCCAAGGAUCCUUAUUCAGUGCUUGGUGUCAAGAAAGAUGCAGCACAAGGCGAAAUCAAAAAAGCGUAUUACUCUCUCGCCAAGAAAUUCCACCCCGAUGUUAACAAGGAGCCUGGUGCUAAAGAACGAUAUCAGAAUGUUCAAGAAGCUUAUGAUACUUUGAGCGACGAGCAAAAGCGUGCGGCCUACGACCGCUUUGGACCUAUGUCACAACAGCCUGGAUUUGAUCCGAAUGCAUUUGGCUCCGGUGCCGGCUUUGGCGCAGGAUCUCCCUUUGGUGAUAUGUUUGGCGGUGAUCCAGGGGAUGUAUUCAGCAGCCUUUUUGGCGCUUUUGGUGGAGGUCGGUCUGGUCGGUCUGGACAGCAAUCUCAAAAUCAAGUCUUUGUCGGGGAUGACUUGGAGGCCUCGAUCACUAUUCCUUUUGCCGAAAUGGCCAAGGGUACAACUCGGACCGUAUCCGUCACUCCUAUUGUAGAUUGUCCAAAGUGCAAAGGUGCCGGAACCCGUGAAGGUGCCAAAGCUCAGACUUGCUCGCCCUGUAAGGGUACUGGAACAAUUACCUUUGUGGUGCAGUCUGGUUUCACUAUGGCCAGUACAUGUCAAAGCUGCAGCGGUUCGGGUACUCGAAUUGCUGAAAAGGAUCUUUGUUCAACUUGCGGCGGUGUCGGCAAAGUUCGAGACUCGAAAGAAGUAGAAGUGAAAAUACCUGCAGGUGUUGAAGAUGGAAUGAAGAUCAAGCUAUCUGCUCAGGGUAAUGCACCCGUUGGCGGGGGUAAACACGGCCGACCCGGUGAUCUGUAUGUCCGAGUCAAUGUGGCGCCAUCGCGGAUAUUCAGGCGACAAGGCAGCAAUAUCUACACCGAAGUCAAGAUUCCUUUCCACUCGGCUCUUCUAGGCGGAACUGUGCGCGUACCGACACUAGACAAUGAGGUUGAUGUACACGUUCCAAGAGGCACUCAGCCCGGUGAAGAACUUGUGCUGAAGGGCCGAGGUGUCAAACACCUUUACAAGCAAUGGGUAGGCGAUCUGAUCGUCAAAUUCAAUGUCACCAUACCUCGCUCAUUGAACCCCGACCAACGAGAAGCCCUGAUGGCCUACGUCGCUGCUACAGAAGGAAACAAGGCUGCCAGACCCAACUCAUCAGCUUCCACCUCGACACCGCCACCUCCGUCUUCAAAUGAUCAACAGCCGAACUUGAAGCCGGAACCGACCAAACCCGAAUCUGAAGACACUACCCCCGACUCGACAACUGAUCAGUCAGGCAAAAAGCCCACAACUGAAGAGUCUUCAUCAAAGCCAGACCUCUCAUAG